AUGAAGGACACCCUCGACAAAGAAGCUCGCGAUACAUUGCUGAGCACGUUGUCCCUCGGUACAAUAUCGAGUUCCACAACCAGGCUACAUGAUACUCCUUUUUGUCGACCGUCUGAUCAGAAUGCUAGUACCUUCCGUGAUAUAGGGCGAGGCAGCUGUGGCAGCAUCUUUGAAAUUCCAGGAACACCGUACGCCAUCAAGAAAGGUGCCAACACGACCGCGAUAUGGAACGAUUUCAAUCUCACAAAUCUCGCAUACAACUCCGCCCUCGAAACGAUGGGUCUCAUCGAGUACGAGUUCGCAGACCGCCGAGUCCCACGAGUACCCAAAGCCCAAUACUUUAACACACCAGAUUCUGAAUGGUGGUCUCUGCCCGAAAAUGUGUCCAGGCUCCCCAAAAAAGAUCAGGUUAAGGGCGCGAUCUUUCAUCUUGAUCGGAUUUGGCCAGUCGUCCAGGAUGCUAGACAAGCACUCACCCGGACAUUCUUCAAGAAGGGCGACCACACACAACGGGAUGUUCUAGAUAACGUUGAGAAUAGAGAUUGCCUCGUUCGCCUCUACUUUGGCGACAACUGUCCUACUGCCAAAUGGUACGACAGCUCACAGUCCCUUCGAAACUUCCCUCUCUACCUUGACCAAGCCAAGAUGCUUGGACUCGACGUCGACGCCUAUGCUGAAGAGAUGGCCAUUGGACUUGCAAUCCUACAUUGGCAGGCACAAAUUGACUCACAAGACACCGAGUUCGUGAUCGGUACCUCAACAACGACAGUACGCGGAACCUACUACUCGGACCACGAUUCUGCUCCGCCACCGACUUCUACAUCAGACGACUUUACGCAACGAGAGACCGGGCUCUGGAUGCUCGACUUUGACAAGUGUACUGAAGUCGAUUUGGAAUCGUGCUCACCGUCGGAAGUGGUUCAGAAAUACUUUGUUGCCGUUACUGGCAACGAUCCGUAUUUCCCACACCCUGGAAAGGACGUCGACUUGUGGAGCACCUUCCGCGACGUGUAUCUACGGGCCAGUCGCAUCAUCCUUCAGGCUAGAAGAUUGGAUUGGGCUAUCGCUGGACUCCCCCUAGCCCUGAUACAGCGAUGGGAGAAAUGGGGCAACAUGGACGUCCAGUUCCAGGACGAUGAUCCUUUCGAGAGGGGAUCUAAUGACGAGGAAGAGGACGAGGAAGACGUGGAGGACAACGAGGAGGAGGACGACGAUGUCUCUGAGGAGGAUGACGCGGUUAUCUAG